UAUAAAAUAAAUUUUUCAGCCUUGUUGAAGACCAUGAAACGUUUCGUUCGUCAAAUAAACACUGAUUGUUUCUUGAUUUCAGGAGGCUGGCUUCUUGUCUCUAACGUUGUGAUUGACGGCUCAUCUCCCCUCCCGUUGUCAUUUGAGACAUCAUACCACGGAAUAAGCAGCUGUGAUAACAAUAAGACGUUUCUUACAGACAGCGCAAUGCUCGAACUGAGAACACACCUGUCUUUCAGUCAACUGCGAUUCCACUGCAGUAAGCAAGGGGGACGUACGUUCCACGUGGCCACGGUCACUAACAGCUCUGGGGAAGCUGUGGUCCAGUACUUUAGCGGUCAGUCAAAUGUCCAGCCCUACGCCUGUGGCUCGUUUGUAACGAUGGAUGAUGACGACUCGGAGAUGGCCAAACGCUGUCAUGAGUGGGGAGCCGAUGGUUGGGCCGCACAGUCGGAAAAUAUUGUUUUUAAGAUUGGUAAAUGGGGCCCUUCGUACGGGAUUCAUGGGAGAUUAUACAAUCACGUUGCUUUUGUGGUCAGUUUAUACCAUUGGCAUUUGUAUCAGGAUCAAGGGAGAUUGGAAUGCGAUGACUAUAAUGUUAAUGUAUCGUCUGGUGAUUUCUGGAAAGUUUUUGUUCGUUAAAAGAACCAAUUGCACUGCACUUCACAUGUUGUGGAGUUCUAGUUAAUUCAACUGGAAUAAGUUUAUAGUGCUAGAAUGCUUUACUUGCAAAGUUGGACAGACAUUGCACGUGCUAAAGUAAGUUUUGGGAAUUGACUCCAGCCUUAACUUUCUUCAUAGCAUUCUGUGUGGUACUCCGGAGUCUAAGGAUCUAUCCGGCUACCCAAGAGGUUGUACGCGACUUAAUGUUAUAAUGGGAUGAUACCCCCGCCCCCGUCACCUCCAAACAUUUUUAAACCAUUUUUAACAGAAAAGGUAACCCUCCCUUGUACCUUCCAUGCCGACCAUUUUACUGACCUGCAGAAAUCUUUCUACCCAACAAGGGUCCACUAGAUUAUUUCAACCCUAAAAGAAAAACCCAAGUCGUCCAUUUCAACCAAAAAAAAAGGUCUGCGCUCUUUCUCGUCACUAGUAUACCUGUUCACAAUAUUUUGAAAGGCCCUUUUGAAUACCUACCUAUACCUGUCUAUACUUUAAAUCGUGAAAACCCCACCGCUUUAUAUACCUCCGGCCUGGAAAAGGACCCUUACGAAGCGGAGUCUCCCUGUAUACUCUAUUUAGGGGGGUACCCCAAUGGGGGAGAUGGCUACCUCUCGUGAAUCCACAGCUACUUUGACCGAAUAAAAAAAAGACGCAUGCAUAAAAGAGCUGGCGUAAAUUUGUUUAGUUGCAAUAACAGAAAGCAAAGAGGAUUAAGCGUAGACCUACGACGAGAGAUGAGCAAAUUAACUACAAAAUUUCAAUAAAUAUCAUUGGUCCAUAGGCCUGUCUAAUAUAACUACUAGUACUUACUGUAUUUCAGAAAGUAGACUUUAAAUUAUUUAAUUGUUACAAAAAGGACCGGGAAGAAA